GAAAUAGAGAGGAGCCAAACAGGGCAAAGACUGAUGACUCUCCGCGGAUUAGAAGCUAAUAAUUAGAAAGGCAGAAAAUCGCAAUUCAUAUGCACAGAAUCGCAAAAUCCAAGGAAGCCCAACAACUCUCCUUGGUUGUGGUCUCCGAGGGUCCUCUCCAAUAGCUAAAUGACGACUCUUGGUCCCUUGAUCAUCUAAAACAUCGUCUCUUUCCUUACUGGGGGUGGGUAAGAAAACCAAAACCUCAGUUUUUGAUCCUCCUUUUUCUAUACUUCUAUUGUUUUUGUGUCAAAGUUCUUGUCACAAGAGAAUUCGAACGACGAUGGGUUGCUGUCCCAGCCAAGACGCCGAUUCCAAAGCCAGCAGGACUACCCGUUGGCGAUCCACGGGCAUUGUUGCCCUGCGGGACGCCAAAUUGAAGACUUUUCCGAAUGAGGUUCUUGAUUUGGACAAAAGUGUGCGCACCCUUGAUUUAACUCACAAUAAACUAGUUGACAUUCCCAUGGAGAUUAGCAAGUUACUCAACAUGCAGCGCCUGGUUUUGGCUGAUAAUCAUAUCGAACAACUACCAGUGAACUUGGGAAAGCUGCAAUCUUUAAAAGUUAUGAUACUCGAUGGGAAUCAAAUUACUUCCUUGCCUGAUGAAUUGGGCCAGCUGGUGAGGCUUGAGCGGUUGUCAAUCUCAGGAAAUAUGUUAACAUCCUUGCCUGACACAAUUGGGAGCUUGCGCAAUCUAUCACUAUUAAAUGUUUCAAAUAACAAGUUAAAGACUCUUCCUGAAUCAAUUGGGAGUUGCUUCUCUCUGGAAGAAUUGCAAGCAAAUGAUAAUUUGAUUGAAGAACUUCCUGGAUCAGUAUGCAAUCUUGUUCACUUGAAGUCGCUUUCCUUAAACAACAAUAAUGUGAGCCAGAUUCCCUCAAAUUUGUUGAAAGACUGCAAAGCUCUCCAGAAUCUCUCUCUUCAUGAGAAUCCUAUUUCUAUGGAUCAAUUUCAGCAGAUGGAAGGAUUCCUGGAUUUUGAAGCGAGAAGAAAGAGGAAGUUUGACAAACAAAUUGAUUCAAAUGUGAUGAUCAGUUCCAAAGGGCUCGACGAGGGCGUUGAUCUAUGAUGAUAGCAUGUUGGCAGUCCUUGCCAGAAGGAUGCAUGACAGAGUUGGACGGGUGGAGGCAAUGUUUAAUGCAAGGAAUUGGAAUUGGAAUUAUAUCUCAACAGCUGUAGAUUCUGAAUAGCUUUUCUUCUUAUCUGUGACUGUAUUCAUAUUAAAUUCUUGGCAGAUUUGAAAUAAAAAUAUAAUAUUAAACUGGUUUUCUUAUUGUAAAUGUCAACGGUGGUAGUUUCUUGUGGUCCCCUAUUUAAAGUUUAUAUGAAAUACAAUCGCUAAUUAAUUUA